AUGUUGAUAUUCUUAUCAUUCUAUAAUGCAGAGCCUAUCAGCAAAGAGAAACUCGAACGCAUAUUCCAUUCGAAUUCAACAGCUUUGGCUCGAUUCCAAGGAAUGUUCGGCGGAGACGGGAUGGGCGUGGAUUUAGGACGGCUUUCAAUUUGCAACGACUUGGCUCGAAUUCCGCUGAGAAAAUGUGCUUGUGAUAGAGAUAAUCAGACCGUUGUGCCAAUAUCUUGCCUUGUGAAACAAAAUCCAUCUCACCACAAAGCUUUUAAUUACAUGAUUUGGUCAGCAUAUUUUACUUUCUUGUGA